AUGGAUGUUGCUUCACCAGUGGACAAGGCAGCUGAUAUAGCUAACAAGAUCAUUAGACCUCGGUUGCAAACUGACAUACCAAAAUGGGUUGCUAAUAAUGCAAGGAAAUUGGUGCUAGCAGAAAGGAAUGGAACAUUUGAGAGUUCUUACACAAAAGCACCACAAUUGGUCACAGCUGCUACUUCAUUGAACCCAAAUAGCAUUGGUCAUUUCAUUUGGUCCAAAGAGGGUCAAGAUAACAGGUUUGAGAGUGUCAUUGUGGACUAUGAUGUACAUGUCAAAGGUUUUCUUCAUGGUUGUAGAUUGGUUAUUGGCUUAGAUGGAGCUCACCUGAAUGGUAAGCUAGGUGGUGUGAUGCUUUCAGCAGUUGGUAUAGAUGGCCAGAAUGGGGUAUUUCCUAUAUGUGUGAUGAUUUGUAUGAGUGAAACUGAAGAAAAAUGGCAUUUAUACAAGAAUUUCUUGACCAAGGGAUUCAGAAAUCCAAGACUCACACACCUUCUUUGGCAGGCUGCAAAGGCAAACAAGUAUCAUCGCUGGGAGGAGGCCAUGCAAGAAAUUGCAGAGAUAAGUUCAGUUGCAUAUCAAUACCUGAUUGAUGCAGAGCCUAAGUCUUGGGAAAAGUCAUGGUUUCCUCAUGAUGUUGCUUGUGAUCACAUCUACUCUAACUUUUCAGAAAGUUUUAAUAACAUGGCCCUGAAAUUCAGAGUCAAGCCUCUCACUCAAUUGAUCGAUAUGUACACACAUUUGGUGAUGGUGUUGUUUUCAAAUAGAAAAAAGCUUGCUGCAACUUGGAAAGCUGGUGACCUUGUUCCUGCUGGGAAAGAUCUCAUUAAGGUGAUGUGUGAUCUUAGAGGUAACUAUGAAUGUGAUCCUUCUAUAGAGCGCAAAGUGUAUGAGGUUACUAACAAAGCUAUUAGCAAAGUGUUUGUUGUUCGGGUGGAAGAAAAAUCUUGUACAUGUCGACAAUGGCAAUUGAAGAAGUUCCCCUGCAUACAUGGUGUAGUUGCAUUGUUUAAAUUGAAUCCUGAUUGGUCCAAGUACUGCAGUAAAUACUACAUAGUAGACUACUAUAGGACCACCUACUCAUGGUCAAUAACACCAUUGGGAGACAUUGAUGAGUAUCCCAAUAAGACUGGUAUCAAGAUUAUACAUCCACACAGAUUGAGAGAUAAUGGAAGACCUUGUGUCAAAAGAAAGAAGUCCUGGUCCUCCAGUUGGAUCCAACCCAAGAAGGAAGGAGUGAGAAUGGAGUGUUCUGUUAAUGGGGAUGAGUUCUGUAUUACUGCUGCACCAACAAAGAAGAUGAGGAAGGCCUUGUCUGCACCAAAUACUGCAUCAACAUCUGCAUCAAAGAAAGCAACAUCAUCUGCAUCAAAGAAAUCAGCUGAGACUUAUCAUGGUACUGUUAAUAUUUCUAGCCAAACAAUCAACAUUUCUGAGCCACCAUCAAAAAGGAUUAGAAAGCUUAACUCUAAAUAUCAGUAA